UGCAAAUAUAAAAAAUAAAAAGACAACCCCAACCAAUUGCACCACAACCGGAUGGAGGAACCCAGCUGACACACCAAGACGAGUCUCUGUGUCUAGGGAAUCUUGGGGUUCAGCUCCUUUUACUUCAAGAGAGCCUGAACUAAAUUAGUGCAAUUUUUAAAGCAUGGCCUGAAUGAUUCAGUGAUUAUCAAGUCAAACUACAAACGUAAACGGCUGCUACCACUGCCAACUAGGUCAAGGAGACUCUCCAAGGUGCCUAACUGGCGGCUGUCACCACCUGACUUGGUUUUGUUUGGCUACUUUGCUCUCCUGUGCAGUGUUACGAGCCUGCCUAAUGAGGAGAAAUCUGAAGACAUAAAAGCUACAGUCAAGGAACAUGUCAUUUAGCACCUUCACUUUUUGAUCCCUACAGAAGACAAUGAGAAGUCAGAUGGUAACAAUGACGACAACUUCAGUCAGCAGCUGGCCUUGCUCCUCCCAGGGAGUGCACUUUGUAACUAAUCACAGCGUCCAAUGGCCACACAACUUCUCAGGAGCCUCAAAUUUUACUGCCUGUUCCAUGGAUGAAAAAUUACUCUCUAAUGUGUUAACAACAUUCUACUCUGUUAUUUUCAUCGUGGGCCUCAUUGGAAACAUAAUUGCCCUCUAUGUAUUUCUGGGUAUCCACCGCAAAAGGAAUUCCAUUCAGAUUUACCUACUCAAUGUAGCCAUUGCAGACCUCUUACUUAUCUUCUGCCUCCCUUUCCGAAUAAUGUAUCACAUUAACCAAAACAAGUGGACACUAGGUGUGAUUCUUUGCAAGGUUGUGGGAACACUAUUUUAUAUGAACAUGUACAUUAGCAUUAUUUUGCUUGGAUUCAUCAGUUUGGAUCGCUACAUAAAAAUUAAUCGGUCUAUACAACAACGGAAGGCGAUAACAACCAAACAGAGUAUUUAUGUUUGCUGUAUAGUAUGGAUAAUUGCCCUUGCUGGAUUUUUAACUAUGAUUAUUUUAACCCUUAAGAAAGGAGGUCAUAAUUCCACAAUGUGUUUCCAUUAUAGAGAUAAGCAUAAUGCAAAAGGAGAAGCAAUUUUUAACUACAUUCUUGUGGUAAUGUUCUGGCUAAUUUUCCUACUAAUAAUCCUUUCCUAUAUUAAGAUUGGCAAGAAUCUAUUGAGGAUUUCUAAAAGGAGGUCAAAAUUUCCUAAUUCUGGCAAAUAUGCCACUACAGCCCGGAAUUCCUUUAUUGUGCUUAUCAUUUUUACUGUAUGUUUUGUUCCCUAUCAUGGCUUCCGAUUUGUCUAUAUUUCUUCACAGCUAAAUAUGUCGUCUUGCUAUUGGAAGGAAAUCGUUCACAAAACCAAUGAGAUCAUGCUGGUUUUCUCAUCUUUUAAUAGCUGUUUAGAUCCAGUCAUGUAUUUCCUGAUGUCCAGUAACAUUCGCAAAAUAAUGUGCCAACUUCUUUCUAGACGGUUUCAAGGGGAAGCAAGCAGGAGUGAAAGCACUUCAGAAUUUAAACCAGGAUACUCCCUGCAUGAUACAUUCGCUACAGUUAAAAUUCAGUCUACUUCUUAAAGCACUUACGGUAAACAUAUUAAAAAGAAUGAUAAAAUACAGCCUAAUUCCUUGAAGAACAAAAAAUUAUGAAACAAAGCUCUAGCAUUUACAAAGCUUAGAUCCUCCCAAAGUUCUUUGCUUAUUUGUGAUAUUUCAUUUGCUUAAUUACAAAAUAUUUUAAGUGCAAGCUUACACUCACCACUAGAUUUUAAAUCUGUAUAUAAAAUCUUUUAGGCUAACACUGUUAACAUAGAUUAUAAAAUUAAAUGAAAUUUAUGGUUUUAACCACAGAAUAAUUAAAGAAAAUGUUAUAGUUUCUCAAGUCACUAAAGUAGCUAUUCAAAAUUAAGUACCUGAUACUAAUUUAAAGUGUGCUUAAAAGUUAACCGAUUUGAGGACCGACUUAAAAUGUCAGAAAAUAUGUUCAUUGUCAUUUAAAAAGCUUGUAUAAUUUGCCACUGUAUUCAUUUAUGUCUAAACCUCUAUUAACAUAUGAAAUAAUAAAAUUCUAAUAAAAAAUGAAAUCACCCACU